CCUUCUUUAUGAGAUUUACUUAUGAUUAGAAUUGAUUAAUUGUGUCAAUCUGAUAAUCAAAGAAAAAAACUCUAAUUUUCAUGAAUUAAACACUAGAUCAAAUAGUAUAGCUUGGCAAUUAAAUCAUCAAGAAUCGUCCAUUUCAUCAAGUCCAUUCCAUUCGUUGAAGUGCUUCACCUUAACCAUUUAUAUUUGAGAUUCUGAACUUUGUUUACAUUUUUACUUGAUGCUUUUAAUGUUGAGAUUAAAUUGUUUCCUUUGAUUAUUGUGAUUCAUUCUAGUUGAUUUUGAUUCUAAAACAUUGUUACUACAGUAUUUAGCUAGACUUUGGUCUCUGCUGUUCUUGUUUUAUUACAAUUUCUAUCAUUGUGGAUCUUUCAGCUUUCAACAGAUCGACUUAAUUACUGUUUCUAAAUCAUGAAUUUCCUCCGAAUCAAUAGACUUUUGUCUUCCCAUUUAAAUUACAGUCGGAAUUGUAUCAAAUUUUAUUCCUCUGCCGGUGAACGAUUAACUGAUUACAAUAUCAAUGAAUCAAUCCAAGUUUCGGAAGCCGGUGAAAGGAUUUUACAUGUUCAGUUGAAUAGACCGAAAGAAAAUGCAAUCAAUUUGGAUACAUUUUCUGGACUCACUCAUAUAUUUGGAAAAUUAAAUGAUGAUCGACAUUAUCGAGUAGCUAUUCUAUCAGCUGUUGGUGACUUUUUCUGCGCUGGUAUUGACCUAAAGACUUUCCAAUCGUUUGUACCCACUCACACUGAAGAUGUUGGUCGAAAAGCGUUUGCAUUGAGAUCGGUGAUCAACAUGUUACAAGAAUCAUUUAAAAAAGUUUCCAUUUGUCAGAAACCAAUUAUCUCGGUGAUCAACGGUGGUUGUAUUGGUGCUGGUCUCGAGUUAAUUGCUCUCUCCGAUAUUCGUUACACUACUCAGGAUAGUUACUUUACUGUCAGAGAAGUGGAACUUGGUUUAGCUGCUGAUAUGGGUGCUCUUCAAUUUCUACCUUUAAUCAUCUCUAAUCAAAGUACUCUUCGUGAACUUGUUUACACUGGAAGGAAAAUCAAUGCUGAUGAAGCUCUUGCAUUGAAUCUUGUUGGUAAAGUUUUACCCGAUAAAGAAGAGGCAAUCAAAUCAGCUCUACAAUUAGCGACAACAAUUGCAAGUAAAAGUCCGGUAGUUGUCCAAGGAGCUAAAGUUGGUCUUGAUUACUCCCGUGAUCAUGGUGUUUGGGAGGGAUUACAAUUUAUGAUCCAUUGGAAUAUGUCAAUGUUACAAUCAGAAGAUUUAAUCAAAUCAGCGAUGGCUCUCAUGUCUAAAUCACCUGAACCUCCAAAGUUUGAUGACCUGUAAACCCACAAUCAAAUAAUUUACACUUUCGUUUGCUCAAUUUUUGGAUAAAUUUUUAUUUUCUGAUUUUCUGAAAAUCAAUUAUCAUCUAACUAAUAAUUUUUAAUAUUCUUGUUAAUGUGGAUUCUAUGUUUUAAUACAUUUCGUGGACAAAUAGUCGUGGAUAAUUGUCCACAGCUUUGUGGCGAAUAGGCUUUCCCUUUGAUGGUCUUCCAAUGAUCUAAAAAAAUUGGACAAAGGUGCCACAUACAAUGAGA